AUGUCAGUGUGCAGCGACUUUGCAGAACACGUGUGGAAACCCGGCUCCUGCAAGAACUGCUUCCAGCAGCUCAGCGCGCACAAGACCGCAGGCCGCCCGGCAGGCGCCGCGCCCGCCUCUGCGUGUCUGAAGGGCGGAGGCGAUGACGCCGACGAGGCAGUGACGGCACCUUCACCCUACAGCAAACCCACCAUCGCCGUCAAGCCCACCAUGAUGAGCUUGGACGCCGGCGAGUCGAUGGCUGAUGUCAACAUGAACAUAGAGCAGAAGAACACAAAGAGCCCAGUGGAGCGUUUGGGCCUGAAAAAGAUUCUGGAUCUAUCCUCCCUUUAUAUUGAUAGUAGUAACUGUAAUAAAAGCCUUCGAGAUUCAACUCUUAAAAGUCCGGACACCAAGACGGACUUUUGCUUUUCUUCAUUGUCCAAAGACUCCAUGAUCAUUAGCAACAUGUUGGUCACCCAACAUGAAGGUAAAUGUCCUCACAAUGUCAAUGAAGACACCCGUUGGCAGCAGAAUAGUAGCGCCUCUCCCACCAUUAGUCCUUGUCAGUCCAGUAGUGCGGUAAAGAGAGCACAUUUUUUGCGUCAGAAUUCCGUGGAGAAACCUUUUCCUGCGGAAAUUGGCCCGACCAGUCCUGCCAAAUCAUACAGCAAUGGCAUCAGCUAUAGGAAUACUUUUGGGGUAAACGCUAAGACAUCCAGCACUACUGCCAGUCCCUUAACCUCGGCCUCGUCUCUGGAUACGCUAAAUCCCAGUCGGCCAUCCGUCCGCUCUCCUCCCGUCCUGUCCAAACAAAACAGCCCAUUAGACUCCUCCUCUUCUUCAUUCGGUAGCAGCACAGAUUCACUGCCUGCAACUGGGGGUUCUGUUGGUAGCCCUCAAAGCCCGCAAGUGACGGGCAACUCGGCGCUUAGUUCCCCCAGUGGUCCAGACUCGGAGCCCAUCUACGCAGAGAGCACCAAGAAAAAGCGCAGGCCGCAAGCCCGUUUGGCUUCCCCAGACCGGACCAACAACUCUGAACUCUCAGAAGAAGGCCAGCGGACAACCAUCACUGUGAUGGCUGCUCACACCGAGGAGAACAACAGGACGUUUUACCUGAGCAGCCCCGAUUCAGCCAUCAGCACACGGUGCCACUUUAGCCCCACGGCACACAAGGACCCCGGCAGCACCGCCUUCCGCUGGCCCAGCCCCAGCCGCAGUGCCCCCUCCUUGGUUACAGAGCCCAGCCUCAGUCCCUUGUUCCACCCCAGGCCGCAAUCUAGCCCUCCCAUUCCACCAAAAAGGACCACCCGGUCCCCCAAACUGGGCACUUCCAGCCUCUCGCCAUCCAUUUCUUCGCCCGUUCCCCUUCCGGACCUUUCCAGACUGAGCACAUCGAGCCUCUCUCCGUCCUUAUCGUCUCCCGUUCCCCUCCCCGAGAUCUCCAUGCUUUUCCUGGUCUCCGCCAAAGAGGGGCACUUCAAGAGCCAGCCGGAAAACCACAGCCCGGCAGCAUCCGAGCGCUGGCCCAAGCACCACCACCACCAAAGCUCCACCUGGAACUGUCGUAUUGACGAGGAAGUGGAGGAAGAGGAGGGAGAGCGGAAAGAGGCUGAAAAGAAGACGCUGACUACUAAUCCCCAGACAACAUCUCGUGUGACAGGCCCGGUCAAUGGCGCUGCUGUUUGCAAGGAGUCCAGAGUCUGCGACAAGGCCUCGAGCAGCCCCCCUCAGAUGACAGAGCCAGGCACGGUCCCCCCGCCCCUGCCUAACAAUGGUGCCUGUCAGUGGGACGGCGAGGGUGCCGUCAGAGUGGAGGAAGCCAAGCGGAGCGGGAGCAUGCCGGCCAAGCAGCACGAGAGCUCAACGGAGUUUCUGGCAGCGGGGAGGCAGGCAUCGGCCAGCCAUGAGGCCAAUCAAGCACCUCCACCGCCGCCACCCAAGAAACAGCACAGAGUGUCCGGCCACUUGAGCGCCAGCAACAUGGAGCUGAACCGCUUGGCCCUGCUCGGCUCACUGGAGAGUCCCGCCACGUCCCCUCGAGACCUGGGCAGCGCCGGCUUCCCGUCCACCUCCACCGACAGUCUGACUGCUGACGCCGCGGGCCAUCGAGACGGAUCGUGGUUGUCCUGCUCCUCCCCGUUCCUGAGGAGUCCGGCGGCGGCGUCGCCCGCAUCUCCGCGCCCGCCCACUUUCAGCAUCGCGGCCAACCAGCCGCCUCCGCUGCCGGAGAAGAAGACGGUCAGCCGCACGGCGUCGGCCCCCGACAGCGCCGCUUCCAAAGCCUUCGUCCGGGCCUACCCGCGCCUGCCGUUCAGCGGCUCGGAAAACAACGUGUGCAGACCCAACGACUCGAGCUGCCGGGCCAGUUUACCGUCCAGUCCAGUCGACCAGACAUCCAUUUUCUCCUCCAAUGAGUCCCUGGAGCGCUGUCACGUCCCACUCGGCCGACCCUCCAGAUCCCGGACUUUGGACGAGCCUUUUAAGGGUCGCGGUCGUUUAGGAGUCCACUGCCGCAGUAGCAUCACCUGCUCCUCCUCCCCUCAGCUCAGUGUCCCCUUUUCGGGCUCCGAAGCGGGGCCGACAUCCAACCCGGGCUCCACUUUGCAGCUGCAGACCCUCCUGAGCAACAUGGACAGCCGCGAGGGCGUUUACUCCAAGCUGGGCGGCUUGUACGCCGAGUCCCUGCGGCGCUUGGCUCUCAAAUGCGAGGAGCGCUUCAUGAGCUCGCAGAGAAACCGGCUGAGGUUCGAGGAGAGCAACUGGUCACUGUUCAGGCUCACGUCCAACAAGCCCAGUUGCAACGCGGGCGACGCCGUCUACUAUUCCGCCGCCUGCGCUUCCGACCCCGGAAACUCCUACGCCGUGAAGAUCUGCAAGAGUCCGUCGGCGGAGGCCAAGCAGGGCCACCUGUACGGCCUGUCGGUGCAGCAGAGUAUGCCGCCGCACUUCAACCUCCAGCAGGACUGCGGCCACUUCCUGGCGUGCGUCCCUCCCAGCAUGCUGCCCUCCGACCGGGCGUCGGCGGCGUCGCUCGCGUCCUCGCCCAAGCUCCGCGGCCAGCGGGCGGAGCGCGAACAGGUGGUGGUCAUCGCGCCCGAGAUCCCCCGGCAGACGGCGGCCGACUUCGCUCACGAAUUUGAGGCCUUCCACAAAAGCCAGCCGGAGGUUUACGAGCGGCGCGUCUGCUUCCUGCUGCUGCAGCUGUGCCACGGCCUGGAGCACUUGAAGGAACACGGCGUCACGCACCGCCACCUCUGCCUGGAGAACCUGCUCCUGGUGCCUCACUCCCCGACGCCGUCCGCAUCGCAGGCCCCUCAGCAGAGCGAGACCGGCGGCGCUUUUAGUCAGCGUCACCUCCCUCGCCUGCUUAUCAGCAACUUCGCCAAGGCCAAGCGGCGCUCGGCCGAAGACGCCGCGUCCACCAGCGCCGAUCCCCGCGUCAAGCGGGACCACGCCCGACUGGCGCCGGAGAUCGUGUCCGCCGCCCAGUACCGCAAAUUUGACGAGUUCCAGACGGGCAUCCUGAUCUACGAGCUCCUCCACCAGCCUAACCCCUUUGAGGUGAGUCCGGCCUUGAAGGAGCAGGACUACCGCUGCGAGGACUUGCCGGCCAUCCCGGCCGUGUCGCUGUACUCGGCCGGCCUCCAGAGGCUGGCUCGCCUUCUGCUCCAACCGGACCCCAUCAAGCGCAUCCACAUCCAGGACGCCAAGCGGGUCCUGCAAAGCCUCCUGUGGGGGCCCCGGAAGGACCUGAUGGAUCAGCAGUGGGAGAGGCGCGAGCCGGACGGCGCCCGGCACGAGGGCCUCCUCAACUGGUUGGACGUGAAGCGGGCGCUGCUCAUGAUGAAGUUUGCCGAGCGGUCGCUGGAGCCCGAGCGCAACGCCGAAUUGGAGGACUGGCUGUGUUGCCAGUACUUCUCCUCGGCGCAUCCGCUGGCGCUUUGUCACACCGCCGAGCUGCUCUACUCGCUCAAGUGACGUCGCGCAAGUGCUGUGUGGAACCCGACUGAUGACGUCAUGCACUGUCCCAAAGUGGAGUCUCGCAAGGAUCUGUCCUCGGUCCCUACUUGUGUUAACUUUUGGAGUGCAUCCCAAUGACAUUUGUCUUGAAGUGUGGCAAAUAUCCAGAUUGUGUGGUGCUUUUUCUACUUCCUCAAAAGGAGACACUGUGAACGCAACUCCCUCGUUAGUGUUACCGACCGUCCAUUUGGGAACUUUUAUCCUGACGCUCUUUUUCCAAACCGAAAUGGCGGGAACUACUGAGGAGUAUUACGGCCAAACUAAAAAGAAAACAAAAUGACACUUCCAUUCUGAAGUUGGAAUCUUAGGAGAGAAAACUUGUAAUUCACAGUGGAUUAGGGCGGGAAAAACAGUAGCAAAAAUAUGAGAGUAAAUAACCCCCCCCCCCCCAACAUAUUUAUAACUGCCUUACAUAUACCACAAGAUGGUGACAAAGCACUGCUUUUCUUUUAGACGGGGCUACGGCCUGGCGAAAUGGGGCUUCUCUAUUCGCUUCAAUAUAAUUUAUAGCUUUAUCUUUUUUCCCUCCUUGGUGUUGAAUUUACCCGUGCAAAAUUCUAGAAAAUCAUGUGUGACUUUUUCCUCAUAAAAUUAAAGAAAAUCUCAAGUAUUUAACAAAAAAUCCCCCUCAAAUAUUGGCCUUUAUAUAGUCAACUCACCUCUUAAAUUAUGUUUUUUAUCAAGGCAAGAAUGCUUUUUAUCUUGACAAUAUACUAUUUUGUGGAUGACUGUACGACUAUUCUUGUCAAUUCUAUAGCUAAUCUUCAAAUUUUGCAACUUUUUAUCCAGCAAAAAAAGAAAUUAUUCAUAAAAGGACUCCCAUCUCAAAUAUAUCCUACUUUUUGCUUGUAAAAUUAUGCAGUGAUUGUUUUUUUUUCUUUUUAGAGUGGCUCUAAAACUUCUUGGAAUGAAACAAUCGUAAGUCACGUUGGUUACGAUUUGACGCUGUGUAUUCCGAGCUGUAUUUCAAGUACGAGUUGGCACGUUGUUUUCGAGGGCCGCUGCAUCAUCAAGAAAAUGGAACUUUAUGUUAGAAUGAAAAACAAAGCAUCCUUAUCAUGUUUUGUUUCAACGAUCUGCUGUACUGUCCCGACGACAUUGACUUGGCUGAUUACACGUUCGUCCUUAAUUGUGUUGACGCUGUGCCUUCUGUUCCUCGUAUACUUAUUUUUUUCUUUUUGUGGAACUGGAUUUUCACAAUAACACCCAUUAAGUUUUGUACAGUAGAUUGUGAAAGAACCCAAGCAGGUCUUAUUAAAAAAAAGCCAUGAGAAUGAGCAGCAGCUCAAAGUCAUAUUUAUGCCGUUUGUUGUCAUCACUGGAAGUUUUUAUUCAUGGCAGCCAGGUUUUUUUUUUUUCAGGCAGCAAACUUGAUUCCUAAUAAAGUGAUUGGUGAGCGAGAGGUUAACAGGGCUGAAUGUACAGUUUGUGUUUUGAAACAUCUUUUGACUAUGUGCGUGUGUGUCUACCAAUAAAAUUGAUUUAUUUUCUCA